AUGGAACCGUCGCUGCCCAGGUAGUGGAGGUCUGGCCCCUUCCGCGGGCAGAAGCGAGGCCGUUCGGGGAUGUCCGGCUACACCCGCCGCACGGGGCUCACUCCGCUUUCCCGAGCCCGGACCCUCGUCAUUCAGGACGAAGAUAAUCUUGAAGAUCUGGAUGAGGCAAAUCCAUUUUCCUUUAAAGAAUUUCUGAAAACCAAGAACCUUGGCCUGUCCAAAGAGGAGGCAACCAAUGCUAGAAUUUACACUAAGGAAUCUACAAGACAUACAUUAGGACUUGAAAAUAAUUGCCUAACUUCUAAAUAUGGUUUAGACUAUGAGGAACCUUUUUUUCAAGAUCCAACUGGUGCUGGAGAUUUGUUGGAAGAAGAUGAAGAUGAUGAUAACUGGAGUGGAACUUAUCUGCCAUCUGCCAUGGAACAAACUCAUGCUUCUAGACUUGCUACUAGCACAUCACCACGUAGUUCAUAUAUUUCCUUUUUUUCCAAUCCAUCUGAUCUGUCAGGCAUCGAGUCUCUAGCUCCAUGGACCUUAAGUGAAAGUGACCCAUGUAUUUCUCCUUCAUCUCAAGUGAACAACACAAACAAAGAAUUUGCUGGUCAUGGGGAAUACUUGGGAGAUAGGCAUUUUCGGUCACUGCAGAUAAACUAUGAAACACUUAAAGAAGAAAACUCUAAGCUAAGAAGAAAAAUUAGUGAGAUUCAGAACUUCUCUGAAUCUCAGACAGAAAUGGUAAGAACACUUGAACGGAAAUUAGAAGCAAAAAUGAUAAAAGAGGAAAGCGACUAUCAUGAUCUUGAAUCGGUGGUACAACAAGUGGAAAAGAAUCUCGAGUUGAUGACUAAGCGGGCUGUGAAGGCAGAAAAUCAAGUUACAAAACUGAAGCAGGAAAUAAAUAUGCUCCAGGCUCAGCUUACUAAUUCAAAGAGAGAGAAUGAAGCCCUGCGAUCUGGUCAAUGUUCCAAUUUGACAGUAGUUAAACAAAACACAGAUGUUGCCUUGCAAAAUCUCCGAGCUGUCAUGAACAAUGCACAUAGUUCGAUAAAGCAGUUGCUUUCUGGAGCUGAAACAUUGAAUCUUGUUGCUGAAAUCCUUAAAUCCAUAGACAGAAUUUCUGAAAUUAAAGAAGAGCCUUGACAAACCGCUGAAAUGUCUUCUGGCUUAAAGCUCUGCUUAAGUGCUGAAAUCACUUCUUGCUUUACUUGGGGAAUACAAUUGUGUCUUUAAAUAUGCAGUUGUCUUCCUCAGUAUUUAUCAUGAAAUACAAAUUUCAUGACCUAAAAUAUGGUUAUUAGCCUUAAAACUCAGUUGGGUGGUAACUGUUGGACUUGAGGUGCGUCUUUGAUUUACAUUAACUCUUUUAGGUAAAGUGUCAUUUUUCACUAAUUCUAAUAAACAGAGAUUCUCUUGCCAACAGUUGAAGAAGAAAGGGGGAAAUUAAUGUUUUUAGGGAAUUUUCUAAACAUGGAAAUGAGUUCUGGAAUAAGUAUUGCUUUCUACUGUCUGUUAUAGUAUUUCCUGGAUAUUAAUUGCAAGAUUGAGCCCAAUUUGAGUGUCAUUUGUUAGCACUCCUUUAAAGAAAAAAAGAAUAAAAAUUAUAACACAAAAUGUA